UUGAUAGAUGCAGCCUGAGUACUCCAGCCCUAAUUCUGUACACAUAAAAGCCCAUGUAGUACCGUAACAUAGUGGUCCACCUAGUAAAAUAAUCAAAACAAGUUCAACAGCUCUUCACACCCAAGUUCCAACCACCUGAUCCCAACAAUUCGUCCACUCUCUUCCCUCCCUUCCCCCCAUACACUACGCAUCGUCCGUCCGUCCCGCCUGAGCCACGGCAUGUCGAGUCGACCUAGUACCACCAGCGCCCUGGGCGCGAUCGGCAACACGCCUUGUGUCGAACUCACGCACGUGGUUCCUCCCGACAGCGCCCGGGUAUUCAUGAAGCUGGAGAGCCUGAACCCGACGGGCUCGUACAAGGAUCGCAUGGCGCAGUCCGUGAUCGAGGAGGCGGAGCGGCGCGGGGAUCUGCGGCGCGGGAUGACGGUGGUGGAAGCAACGGGCGGCAGCACGGGGUCCUCGCUGGCCUUUGUGUGCGCCGUCAAGGGCUAUGCCUUCCGGGUGGUCUCGUCCGAUGCGUUUGCGCCGGAGAAGCUCAACACCAUGACCGCGUUCGGGGCGCAUCUCGACCUCGUGCCCAGCGGAACCGGGACGAUCACCCCGCGGCUGAUCCCCGCGAUGCGCGAGCGAGCGCGGCAGAUCGCCGCCCAGGGCGCCGGGUGCUACUACUACGCCGACCAGUUCAGCAAUCCCGAUGUCUUCCCGGGCUACGAGACGCUGGGCCGCGAGGUGCUGGCGCAGAUCCGGGGAGAGAUUGACGCCUUCUGCGGAGCCAUCGGCGGGGCCGGCAUGGUGAUGGGGGUCGGAAGGACGUUGAAGCAGCGGUGGCCGGGGUGCCGUGUCGCGGUCCUGGAGCCGGCUUCGGCGCCGGUAUUGACCAAGGGGUAUGGCGGGGAACAUUCAGUGGAGGGGAUCGGCAUUGGCUUCCCCCCGCCUCUGCUCAACCGGGACUGGUAUGAUGAGGCCCGCGCUAUCGACGAAGCGGAGGGACGGGCCAUGUGCCGACGACUGGCGAGGGAGGAAGGUCUUCUUGUGGGCACCUCUUCCGGUCUGAACGUGGUCGCCGCGCUGCAGCUGGCCCGGGAAUUAGGGCCCGGGAAAACGGUGGUUACCGUGGGCUGCGAUACCGGUCUUAAGUAUGUGCGAGGGGAUCUGUUCACUCCGAGCUGAUGGUGGACCUGAAACUCGAUCGAGGUGAGCAACGGGGUCAGCGCUCGGUUAGGUUAGAAUCUCUUUUGGUGCCAUGUAGCAAUCAAUGCCCGCACCCGGGCCAACCAUGUUCGAUAAUUCCAAUGCAAACCAUGAGAUCCUCGACUCUUAGGCUAUUGAGUGGAAGAGGAGUGCACAGCCGAAGAGUCAUCCUCGGACCCGUUACCGACUGCUCACCCGGAACCCCCGACCUCGGAUGCGAGCCCUCCCUCCAGAAUCCGCCA